CCCCACCAGCACCCCCACCUAGAGGAGACAUCCUGGGCCCCCAGCAAGCCCCGCCCCUGGAGUGGGAGCCAGGACUGGACAGGCGGGUGGACGGCUGGACACUGGACCCGGAAGAGGAGGGGAGGAGGAGGCUGGGAUCUGUCCGUGGGAAUACCCCGCUGUCCCUUUCGCACGGCUAGAGGCAGGGGCGUCCUGUGGAGUCGAGCCUCAGCCUCGUCCCCUUCCACCUCCUCCUCCUCCACGUCGACCCGGCUGGAGGGUCUGGGCACCACAACCAGAGCACCCCCUGCUUUGGCGGCAACUGCUAAUAUUGGCCCAGCCAGCGGAUCAUCGUCCGGGCAGUUUCGGCAGAGAGUCUUGGGCACCAGUGAUUCCCCGGUCCUCUUUAUCCACCGUCCGGGAGCUGCGGGGACUACGCAGCGACUAGAGUACAGGGGCCGAAUAAUCACCACUGAGCUCGUGAAGGAGGAGGUGGAUCCCAGUCCCCAGCCCCAGGAUCCCAGUCCCCAGCCCCAGGAACCCGCAUCUCCUCCGGCUGUGCCCCCUGCUCAGCCUACCCCUCAGCCUGAGCCCCAGCAGGUCAGGGCAGCCAGAGAGCCCAGUACAGAGGUGAGCUGCUGUGGCCUCUGGUCCAGGAGAUCUCCUCACUCCCAGAACUGAAGCCAGCUGGCUGCCAGCACCAGCCCCUAAGAG